UCUGCUCACAAUCCAGAGAGAGACAGAGAGAGAGGGAGCGACAAGCGGCGGAUCCGCUUUAUUUUCCGUUUGCGCGUAAACGGAGAAAAGAGAGAAGACAGACGCGGUGGAUAAUUUAAUUUAUUACAUUUAAGUGGAGAAAGCAACGCAGAUCGUGGAUUGUGGGCUAUCGGAUGCUGUGAGAUUUCACGCAAAAUUACAUUUUUUUUCUUUUUCCAAAAAAAGGGGGGCACCUGUGGAUGCAACUAUAACACCCUGAUGUUCGGAUUCAGCAGCUGAUUUUUUUUUUUUUUGGUAGGGGGGGGAUUAGGAUUAUAGUUUGACUGAGAAGAAAGGAAGGAAAAAAGAAGACAAGAGAAGAGAGAAGAUGCUGCUGUGCGUCUCCUUCCUCGCGCUCCCGCUGCUCAGCCUCACCGGCUGCGGCGCGUCCUACGUGCCGUGCCAGCAGUGCGACCAGAAGGCGCGCUCCCUGUGCCCGCCGGUGCCGCUCGGCUGCCAGCUGGUGAAGGAGCCCGGCUGCGGCUGCUGCCUGACGUGCGCGCUCGAGGAGGGCCAGCCGUGCGGCGUGUACACCGGGCCGUGCGCGCGCGGGCUCCGCUGCCUGCCCAAGAUCGGCGAGGAGAAGCCGCUGCACGCGCUCCUGCACGGCCGCGGCGCGUGCAAGAACGAGAAGUUGUACAAGCUGCUGCAUGCGUCCAAAGACGGCCAAUCCGACGCCCUGCUCCGUGCCGCCGAGUCGGGCCAGACCAAGGUGCCCUUAUAUGGUGAUCACAUCAGCAGCCGCAAGGCGCAGGCCAUGAAGCAGGCCAAGGACCGCAAGAAGCAGCUGGCCAGGCUGGGACCCGCCAGCAAUCUGGAUUUCUCGCCGCUCAGCCUCGACAAACUGGAGCCGGAAUUUGGUCCCUGCAGGAGGAGACUAGACAAUCUCAUCCAGAGCAUGAAGGACACGUCUCGGGUCUUGGCUCUUUCUCUCUAUAUCCCCAACUGCGACAAGAAGGGUUUCUUCAAGAGGAAACAGUGUAAGCCGUCCCGCGGUCGGAAGCGGGGGAUCUGCUGGUGCGUCGACCGGUUCGGCGUGAAGAUCCCCGGUGUCAGCUACGCCGGAGGUGACCUGCAGUGCAAGGAACUGGACAGCGGCAGCAACGGCAACGAGUGAAUCUCGUCCCUCCGCCGAGCCGGCAUCGCGUCGCGGCUGGCGAUCGGGACAAAUACGGCACGAAUCACCUUCACAGUCCUGCCGGGCGUGAUGGACCGCGUCAUCGUUUCUGUGGUGCCAAAACCGAAAAGCUUGCACAUGUAGGUCUUAACCGUGGCUCCCCAAUGACUGUGUACAAUGUUUGAGGUUAGCUUACACCUCAUUUCUCUAUAGCCUAGAUUAAAUAGAAAUAUAUAGAUAUAUAAAUAUAUAUUUGUAUGAUACUGAUAACAUGUGGUGUGAUGUUGUGUGAUGAGUCUUGGUCAAGUUAUUCCAAGAGAUUCUGAGACAAGACAUGUGGCUAUAUGUCGAUUUUCAUUGAGCGCAUGUUGUUGGUCGUUUAAAAAGUGGGGUACUCUGAACAUACUGAAGUCAUUUGACUCAAUGAAAUAUUUGGAUGUUGCUAGCGUCUGGUUAGCUUAGCCUUCAGAGAGCUCGUGACGUUAACCCCUCGGGGCUUGUUCCCCCAAAAAAAUGGCACAAACGACAUGAUUCACUAGGCGAAUGAUUAUUUAUGAAGUUGGGUUCGAAAUGAUCCCACCGAGCCACGAUUGGUCCAGAUUUAAAAACCGCCGCGACCGAGACAAACGAGAUCUCAAGACGAUGUCACGGCGAGUCAUCUCAAUCAGCAUAUAAUCUAAGGCAACGUUUGCACGGUGACGUUUUCAAGUGAAAAAGCAAAGCUGUCGAUGUCGAAGUUGGAACUUUUCAAAAAUGCUCCAUCUUCAUGGAAACGGGGGACAAUGCAACGGUUGGGCAACACUUCGACUCUGUCUCCUUUGAAACAUGGAGGAAACGCAUCUUUCCGAAAAGGCUCGGUCUCUGUAACGGAAAGACAACUUUUCGAAAAUGCUGCGACUCCUUCUCCGUGGAAACAGGGAAAAUGUACAUUUUUGAAAAUGCUUAGACUUUGUCUCCAUGGAAAAGGGGAAAACGAGACUUUCUAUGGAAAUAGAAGAAAAACGAAACUUUUUGAAAAUGCUGUGACUCUGUCUCCAUGGAAACAGGGAAAAUACAUAUUUUCUCCUUGGGGACAACGCAACUUGUUGAAAAUGCUCCAUUUCCGUGGAAACAAUCAAAAACCAGCGUUUCAAAAAGUCCAUCUCGGGGGAAGCGCAACUUUUUGAAACUUUUGUGUGUCCAUGAGAAUAUCCAUGCCCUCAGAUUGUUCACAUAUUGUUUCUCUGCACUCGUGUGUGGUUUCUUUCCAAAAAAAAACCCCAAGCCAAUUUUAAAACAUCGCCGUAUAAAAGCCAAACUUUUCCAAAACGAU